AUGUCGUCUUGUCAAAACCAGAUGCAACAGUCGUCUACUGGUGGCAGACCUACCGGCGCAACAGGUGGUGGCUACAACAAAUAUCCAUGUCCAAACUGGCAGCAGGCAGGCCAUCCAUCAAAUUACAACUUUGUCGACCAAAAGGAUCAGCUUGCGCACCCCGCCGGCGCUGAAAGGAAGCAUUUUGCAACAUCAGUGCAGAUGGGCUUGAUGAGAUGCAGUCGUGCUUGCUCUGGUCACGCUGCGAGGGCGUUUUCAAUUCUUGUGGGGUACUAUUUGGGUUCUAUUGGAGGUUUCGUUGAGUCAAGUGACGAUUUUUAGAUCAAGCUGCACUGCUUGAGUUGAUGCAAAUUUAAUGGAAUGGAAGCUGAUUGCGCAUGUUUCUCCUCCCCACCUUGUUUCCCAGUGUCAGUGUUCAGCACCAAUCGCUUUUCUUGCACUCAUCGUGCUGCAGCUGAUCCACUCCGAGCGUUGACUUGUCUACAUGGCACCCCAUGAUCAGGAUUCGCAUACGUGCGGAAGGAGCUGCUUAUGGUAAGAGCAUCUGACGUCAAAGAGGCAUCCGCACUCCGACUAGGGAUACUGCGAGUGCCUUCGUCCUUCGUUUCAAACAUCUACGCCUCGCACUGCAACGGACCGAGCCUGAGGUCCCAUGGCUGAAAGGCUAUGCGGGCGUCUACUAC